UAAAUAUACGGAAAAAAAUCUGUAAAAUAAAACAAAUUCGCAGUCUAUUUCUGUAAUUAGACAUUUUUUCCCCGUAUUUCCAAAAUACAGGGAAAAUCCGUAAAAUAAAUCACAUUCACAGUUUAUUUCUGUAAUUAGACAUUUUUUUCCUGUUUUUCAAAAAUACAGAAAAAAACUGUCAAAUAAAACAGGAAAAUUCUGUAAAAUUACGUUUUUUUUUUACAGUGUACAUUAUAUACAGAUAUACAUGAUUGUGAAGUUUUACAAUGUCUCAACCUGAUUGAUUAUAGUAAGAAGUCAAGACUAGAUUCCUUAUAUUCCAUAUUUGUUUAAAGAUUAUCAGGCCACAUGAAUUGAAAAGUAAAGUCCCACAAAGAUAAAUCGGUUAUAAUUAAAAUGGCAAUAUUCCAUAAAAAGUAAGAAUUAUUAAUUAUUUUAAAAAAUAUGAAUUAAUGAAUGAAACCUGUGUUUGAAAAAUGAUUUCAGGAGCUUGAGCACAAACUCAUCUCUCUGAUGAAGAAAGAGCUGAAGAUCUUCAAGAGUCGACUGAGUCCAGAUUACCCAUCAUGCUCUGAGAGAGAAGAGGAGGAUGAUGAAGAUCAGAUCAGAGUCAGAGAGAUGUUUCUGAAGAUCACACUGAACGUCCUGAAGAAGAUGAAACAGACAGACCUCGCUGACAAACUACAGACCAAACUUGCCCCUGUAUACAUGAAGAAACACAAAUCCAGACUAAAAGAUAAAUUCCAGAGAAUGAAUGAAGGAAUGUCAGCUCAAGGAAGCUCAACACUUGUGAAUGAGAUCUACACAGAGCUGUACAUCACAGAGGGAAGGAGUGAAGACAUCAAUAAUGAACAUGAGGUGAGACAGAUUGAGACAGCAUCCAGAAGAUCACAGACACAAGAAACACCAAUCAAAUGUAAUGACAUCUUUAAAGUCUCACCUGAACAAACCAAACCCAUCAGACGUGUGCUGACUAAAGGAGUCGCUGGAAUUGGAAAAACAGUCUCUGUGCAGAAGUUCAUUCUGGACUGGGCUGAAGAAAAAACAAAUCAAGAUCUUCACUUGAUAUUUCCACUUCCUUUCAGAGAACUGAAUCUGAUCAAAGAGACAAAUAUCAGUCUGAUGGAUCUUCUUCAUCACUUCUUCACAGAUACAAAAGAACUGAGAUCAACAGACUUUGAGGAUUAUAAAGUUGUGUUUAUCUUUGAUGGUCUGGAUGAGUGUCGUCUUCCUCUAGAUUUCUCAAAGAAUCCCAGUUUGUUUGAUGUCAGAGAAUCAGCGUCAGUGGAUGUGCUGCUGACAAACCUCAUCAAGGGGAAUCUGCUUCCUUCUGCUCUGAUCUGGAUCACCUCUCGACCAGCAGCAGCCAAUCAGAUUCCUCCUGAGUGUGUUGAUCUGAUCACAGAUGUACGAGGAUUCAAUGACCCUCAGAAGGACGAGUAUUUCAGGAAGAGAAUCAAUGAUGAGAGUCUGGCCAACAGAAUCAUCACACACAUGAAAUCAUCCAGAAGUCUGUACAUCAUGUGUCACAUCCCAGUCUUCUGCUGGAUUUCAGCCACUGUUCUCCAGAGAAUGUUGAGUGAAGCAGAGAGUCCAGCACAGAUCCCCAAGACUCUCACUCAAAUGUUCACACACUUCCUGAUGUUUCACAUCAAACUGAAGAGUCAGAAGUAUGAUGGGAAAUGUGAGGUAGAUCUUCAGCAGGCUAGAAAGAGUCUGGAGUCUCUGGGAAAACUGGCUUUUCAACAGCUGGAGAAAGGGAACCUGAUCUUCUAUGAGGAGGAUCUGAGAGAGUGUGACAUUGAUGUCAGAGAAGCGUCAGUGUACUCAGGAGUUUGUACUCAGAUCUUCAGAGAGGAGUUUGGACUGAACCUGGGGAAGGUGUUCAGCUUUGUGCAUCUGAGCGUUCAGGAGUUUCUCGCCGCUUUAUUUGUGUUUCUGUCAUUUCUUCAGCAAACAUCAGAAAACUUCAGCAGAUUGAGAUCAAAUAUGAGUGAUUUACUGAAGAGUGAAGUGGACAAGGCCUUACAGAGUGAGAACGGACACCUGGAUCUUUACCUCAGAUUUCUUCUGGGUCUUUCACUGGAGUCCAGUCAGACAAUCUUACGAGAUCUGAUGACACAGACAGGAAGAAGCUCUGACAGUAAACAGGAAACAGUCGAGUACAUUAAGAUGAAGAUCAGAGAGAAUCUCUCUCCAGAGAAAUCCAUCAAUCUGUUUCACUGUCUGAAUGAACUCAAUGAUCAUUCUCUAGUGCAGGAAGUACAAACAUAUGUGAACAGAGGAGAUGAGUCUCGUCUCUCUGGAGUCCGUCUCUCUCCUGCUCAGUGGUCGGCUCUGGUGUUUGUGUUACUGAACUCAGAAGAGAAGCUGGAUGAGUUUAAUCUGAGGAAAUAUGAUCCAUCACAUGAAUGUCUUCUGAGGCUUCUGCCAGUGAUCAAAGCAUCCAGAACAGCUGAUCUGAGUUACUGUAAUCUGACAGAGGAAAGUUGUUCAUCACUGGCGUCAGUUCUCAGAUCAAACUCCUCAAGUCUGACAGAACUGAACCUGAGCUUCAAUAAACUGCAGGAUUCAGGAGUGAAGCUGCUCUCUGAUGGACUGAAGAAUACAAACUGUAAACUGAAGACACUGAAUCUGUAUAACUGCAGUAUUGGAUCUGAAGGUUGUGUUGCUCUGACUUCAGCUCUGAGAUCAAACCCCUCACAUCUGACACAACUGGAUCUGAGCUGUAAUAAUCCAGGAGAUUCAGGAGUGAAGCUGCUCUCUGAUCUACUGAAGGAUCCACACUGUCAACUACACAAACUACUUCUGAGUGACUGUAAUCUGACAGAGGAAAGUUGUUCAUCACUGGCGUCAGUUCUCAGAUCAAACUCCUCAAGUCUGACAGAACUGAACCUGAGUCACAAUAAACUGCAGGAUUCAGGAGUGAAGCUGCUCUCUGAUGGACUGAAGAAUACAAACUGUAAACUGAAGACACUGAAUCUGAGUCGCUGUAAUCUGACAGAGGAAAGUUGUUCAUCACUGGCGUCAGUUCUCAGAUCAAACUCCUCAAGUCUGACAGAACUGAACCUGAGUGACAAUAAUCUGCAGGAUUCAGGAGUGAAGCUGCUCUCUGAUGGACUGAAGAAUACAAACUGUAAACUGAAGACACUGAAUCUGAGUCACUGUAAUCUGACAGAGAAAAGUUGUUCAUCACUGGCGUCAGUUCUCAGAUCAAACUCCUCAAGUCUGACAGAACUGAACCUGAGUGUCAAUAAUCUGCAGGAUUCAGGAGUGAAGCUGCUCUCUGAUGGACUGAAGAAUACAAACUGUCAACUGAAGACACUGAAGUUGUAUAACUGCAGUAUUGGAUCUGAAGGUUGUGUUGCUCUGACUUCAGCUCUGAGAUCAAACCCCUCACAUCUGAGAGAACUCAAUCUGAACUAUAAUAAUCCAGGAGAUUCAGAAGUAAAGCUGCUCUCUGAUCUACUGAAGGAUCCACACUGUCAACUACACAAACUAAUUAUUGAACCUCAUCGAUAACAAUCACCUAGAGACAGUGGCAUUACCACAAAAGUGGCACAGGCGUGGCCUAAAGAACACAUCAUCACCCCAACGCUGCCCAUGAAGUCACAUACUUGUGUAUACUACAGAUAUAUGCACCCUGCAGCAGUCCAUCACUGUCUCAUUCACUGAAGAGAUUUUAUACAUUUUAAACAACUGGACAGUAUUUAAAAAAUAACAAUGACCAAAAAACAGUACUGUACACCUUUUACAUAUAGCUAUUAACAAAAAGGUGCAUUUACUUUUGGAUAUAUUAUUACAUAUAUAUUA